AUGACCCCCUUCUGGCAUUACCUCUCCAUCCUAACCCUUCUCCUUCCAGGAUACCUUGCGGCCGAGCAUCGCCGCCGCGACGAUAACGCCGAUGCCUACUCACCUCCCUACUACCCAGCCCCUCCUGGAGGCUGGAUCUCGGACUGGAGCGCGGCUUACGCCAAAGCUCAAGCCGUGGUGAGCAAUAUGACUCUUGCUGAGAAAGUGAACCUCACUACCGGCACAGGGAUGUACAUGGGCCCUUGUGUCGGUCAAACAGGAAGCGCACUGCGCUUUGGCAUUCCGAAUCUCUGUCUUCAGGACUCGCCUCUUGGCAUUCGAAACUCGGAUCACAAUACCGCGUUCCCUCCUGGGGUGACUGUCGGAGCCACCUGGGAUAAGGAUCUGAUGUAUCAGCGUGGUGUGGAGCUGGGGCAGGAAGCUCGCGGGAAGGGUGUGAAUGUUCUCCUAGGUCCUGUGGUUGGGCCCAUGUUCAGGAAACCCCUUGGUGGACGCGGGUGGGAGGGCUUCGGAGCUGACCCCACGCUGCAGGCGAUUGGCGGCGCGUUGACAAUCCAGGGCAUGCAAAGCACUGGUGCCAUCGCUUGCUUGAAGCAUUACAUCGGCAAUGAGCAGGAAAUGUAUCGUGAGACCUCGGUGCUGACCACGGGUUAUUCGUCGAAUAUUGAUGAUCGUACUUUGCAUGAGCUGUAUCUGUGGCCGUUCGCUGAGGGAGUCAGAGCUGGCGUUGGGUCGGUUAUGACUGCGUACAAUAAUGUGAAUCGUUCGGCGUGCAGCCAGAACAGCAUGCUCAUCAACGGCAUCCUCAAGGACGAGCUGGGCUUUCAGGGAUUCGUCAUGACCGACUGGCUGGCUCAGCAGGGGGGCGUUUCGUCUGCUCUAGCCGGGCUUGACAUGGCUAUGCCUGGCGACGGUGCGAUUCCUUUGCUAGGAACUGCCUUCUGGGGAUCGGAGCUAUCGACUGCAAUUCUCAACGGAACAGUACCGCUGGACCGACUGAAUGAUAUGGAUCAGGAUUACCCUCUGCCCAACUUCUCAAGCAACACCCUCGACAAAACGGGUCCUCUCUACCCCGGCGCCUUAUUCUCCCCAACAGGAGUUGUCAAUCAAUUUGUCGACGUGCAAGGCAACCAUAAUGUCACGGCCCACGCGAUUGCUCGGGAUGCUAUCACUCUCCUCAAAAAUGACAACGACACCUUGCCCCUCAAGCGCAAUGCUUCUCUCAAAGUGUUUGGGACCGAUGCUGGGCCUAACAAUUCAGGACUUAACUCCUGCAGUGAUAUGGGUUGCGACCAAGGCGUUCUGACCAUGGGCUGGGGAAGUGGCACCUCACGCCUGCCCUCUCUUGUGACGCCGCAAGAAGCAAUUGCCAACGUUUCCACAUCGAACACAACCACCUUCUACAUUACAGACACCUUCCCUUCCAACCUCCCCACGCCAUUGUCAUCCGACAUUGCUGUUGUCUUCAUCAACGCCGACUCCGGAGAGAACUAUAUCACUGUAGAGUCCAACCCCGGAGACCGCACCAACGCCGGCCUCUACGCAUGGCACAACGGCGAUGCGCUCGUCCAAGCCGCAGCAGCCAAGUUCUCCACCGUGGUUGUGGUCAUCCAUACUGUCGGUCCAAUUCUCCUCGAGUCGUUCAUCGACCUCCCCAGCGUGAAAGCCGUGCUCGUCGCGCAUCUCCCCGGCCAAGCCGCCGGCUACUCGCUCACCGACGUCCUCUACGGAGAUACCAGCCCCAGCGGCCACCUGCCCUACACCAUCCCCGCCUCUGCGUCCGACUAUCCAUCCUCCACAGACAUCAUCACCUCGCAACCACUCUUCUCCCAGAUCCAGGACUGGUUCGACGAGGGGCUCUACAUCGACUACCGGUACUUUCUGAAAGCGAACAUUACCCCCCGCUAUCCCUUCGGCCACGGCCUGUCGUACACCACCUUCCAAUACUCCGCUCCCACACUAUCGACCGUGACCGACCUGAGCACCGCCUAUCCCGCCGCACGCGCCAGCAAGGCCUCCGUCCCAACGUACCCGACGAACAUCCCCGAUCCCUCCGAGGUUGCAUGGCCGAGCACGCUCGACCGGAUCUGGCGGUAUCUGUAUCCGUACCUCGACGACCCGAAGAGCGUCACGGAGAACUCCACGAGCACCUACGCGUACCCGCCGGGCUACUCCACGAUAGCGCACCCGGCCCCGCGCGCCGGGGGCGGGCAGGGCGGCAACCCGGCGCUGUUCGAGACGGCCUUUGAGAUCGACGUGACGGUCACGAACACCGGCGGGCGGAGUGGGCGGGCGGUGGCGCAGCUGUAUGUACAGUUACCGGGGCAGGCGGUCUUGGGCGUGGAUACGCCGCAGAGACAGCUCCGGGCGUUCGCGAAGACCGGGACCCUCGCCCCGGGGGCGAGUGAGAUUGUUAAGUUGAGCGUGACGCGGAAGGACCUGAGUGUCUGGGAUGUUACGGUGCAGGAUUGGAGGGUGCCGGUUGCUGGGGAAGGGGUGGUUUUUUGGGUAGGGGAGAGUGUCGCGGAGGAGGAUUUGGAGGUUCGGUGUGCGGUUGGGGGCACUUGCGAGGUUCUUCAGGGGGUAUGAGUGUUGUUGAUUUUAUGGGAACUGGGCCCAUUGUUUUUGGGCUGGGAGAUGGGAUAUACGUCUGGGUAGUGUAAGUAAUGGCUUAGGAAAUUUGCG